AUGGAAUGUGUUGGUGGUGUCACCCACACCAAAGACGCCGCCGACUUGUCGAUCCCACGAGCUCUCCCCGAGGACCUCGCCAAGUUGUCGGGACCAACUCCCCCCGACCAUUCUCACGACCGUCACGACAUUUACGAUUCAACGCCCCCCCACCUAUUGCAGCAGCGUCAGCACGCCGCCCUCGCCCGAGCUCAAGCCGCAACCCCCGAUCUCGCCGCGAGGACCCCGUCUCCGAGCUCCUCCCACCUUCGCUCACUCCGUCGCACCCCGCGCUUCGACGCUACCCCGAGCCCCCCGGCUGCUCGCCGCGUCCACCUCGAGGCAGCCUCCGUCGGCUUUGCACCCCGGGUUCACUUCGUCACGGCAGAUGCGCCGCAGUCGGACCUGCCCCGCCCUCUUUCGCCGCUUCGCAUCCGCCCGCGCGACUCGCAACAGCAGAAAGAGCCCGCAAAACCCAGACGGAUCCUAUCGCAGGACCUGAGCGAGGAUUUCGACGAGACCGCACCCUCCGAGAAACCGUCUCCCGAGUGGCAGCGAGCAUCCCCCUCUUCCACGAGGCGACAGGACAAGACCGACAACCUCCACCCCGCUCUUCGCAUCUCCAAGAACACGCAUAGUGCCAUCCUCUUUGCUCUCGAGGAAGCUUUGCGCCACCCCAAUCCCUUCACGCCCGACGUUGUCGAGGAGAGCGGCGAAAUGGCUGACCUUGUCGGAUCCGGCGGCCGCAGCACGCCCGUCUCCAAUGGCAACCCCGUCUCGUCUUCGCGCACCCGUCCCACUGCCGCUCCUGCACCUACCGGCUCUCCCGGAGGCAUUCGCGGGCCGAGGAUGAUCAUGCAAGAGCGGGCGGCGAGAGAAGCGGCGCGCCAACGGGCUGAACAGGAGCAGAUGCAUGCAGAGAGGCAGCGAGCCCAACAGGAGGCCCAGCUGCUGGAGGAUACCCAGAGACGCAACUCGGAGCGUCGCGCAGCCGCAGCGGCUGGCGCUGCUGCGGGAGGCCAAGCCAGUGGCGCCGCCCCUGAGCACAUUGGCUCCCAAACACAACACACUCCCACGACACCGCAACGUCGGCCAACGGGUGGCUCUGACGCCGCGGCGCCGCGGACAAACCCCGCUUCUUCUCGACAGAGAGAUACCUCCACCACAGUGCAGCAACGGCCGGCUCGCACCUCGUCGCAGAGCCAGUCACAGCCGCAAACUUCGUAUAACACGGUCCCGCGACAGCCCACCAGCGCCGCGCAGCCUCCCGCCGCCACCGCAACUCAGCCGCCUCCCACGCAGCCAUCCGAGUCUGCUGGAGGAGCAAGGCCUAGGAAUUCGUUCCCCCACGCCUUUGAGCGUUGGGAGACGCUCUCUGCUCACUGGGAGGGCUUGACCAACUUUUGGAUCCGCCGCCUCGAGGAGAACAACAAGGACAUUGAACGCGAUCCGGUCAAUCAAGCUCUGUCCCGCCAGGUCACCGAUCUGUCAGCGGCCGGUGCCAACCUGUUCCAUGCCGUGGUAGAGCUGCAGCGUCUCCGUGCCAGCUCGGAACGCAAGUUUCAGCGCUGGUUCUUUGAGACGAGAGCCGACCUCGAGAGGGCUCAGGAAGUCAAUGCCAUGCUUGAGACGGCUCUAGACGAAGAGCGUCGAGCUCGCGCGGAUGCGAUCCGUGAGGCGGUCGCGAACGAGCAGAACAACUCGAUGAACAAGACUCGCUUUGAGGAGAUGCGCAAGGAGCUCCAGAUCUCCAAGGAGGAGGCCCGGCGCGCCUGGGAGGAGCUCGGCCGCCGCGAGCAAGAGGAACGCGAGCGCACGCUGUCGCUGCAGAGCGGCCAGCCCACCAUCGUUGGUGGAGUGCAGGUCGUCCCCAUGACCCAAGGCGUUCCCAGCCGCCACGGCAGCGCUCGCCAGGGUGGCACCGCGCCGCAGCAGACGGAAUACGCCGGCAAUUCGGGUAGCGCCUACAGCGACGAAUACGCACAAAGCUCUGCGCAGGCCAACCCAACGACGUCUGCGCCGGCCGCUACCAGCGGUCCUCUCUAUUCGCAGCCGGCAGCUGUCGAUCCGCAGCCCGCGACUGCGACUUACUCGUAUGGCGGCGGCGGCGGCGGCGGAUCGGAGGGAGGCUACAGCGAAAGUGAGUAUGAGAUUGAUGCGCACGGUCAAUACAUUCGCGACCAGCGCGGGAACAAGGUUCCUUACCGUGCCCCGCCGUCGCCGGUUUCUGACGAGGGCGCAGAAGAGUACGAGACACCGGCGACGCAGCCGCCCAGCGCUGGCUACUCGCAGCCGCCGCCGGCCACAUUGGGCAGACCGCAGCAGGUGCCGCACGCGCCGGCGCCACCACAGCAAGAUUACUCGGGCCAGGGAUAUGGGGCGCCAGGCUGGGAAGAGGUCCCUCGAGUUUCCCAUCAUCAUCCCACUAGGCUUAGCGAUGUGCUUGAGGAGGAUGAGCGAAGCCGCACCAGCGCGAGCUACAGCCGCGUCUAA